AUGUCGCUCCUGAGGCGUCAUAUCUCCUUCAGUAUUGGUCAAAACUCCCCUUUGACUUGGCCAAAACUCCCGCUCACGCUGGCCAAAGCUCCCGCUCACGCUGGCCAAAACUCCUGCUGGCCAGAACUCCCGCUCACGUUGGCCAAAACUCCCGCUCACGCUGGCCAAAACUCCCGCUCACGCUGGCCAAAGCUCCCGCUCACGCUGGCCAAAACUCUCGCUCGCGCUGGCCAAAGCUCCCGCUCGCGCUGGCCAAAACUCCCGCUCACGCUGGCCAAAACUCCCGCUCGCGCUGGCCAAAGCUCCCGCUCGCGCUGGCCAAAACUCCCGCUCGCGCUGGCCAAAACUCCCGCUCGCGCUGGCCAAAACUCCCGCUCGCGCUGGCCAAAACUCCGCUCGCGCUGGCCAAAACUCCGCUCGCGCUGGCCAAAACUCCGCUCGCGCUGGCCAAAGCUCCCGCUCGCGCUGGCCAAAACUCCCGCUCACGCUUGCCAAAACUCCGCUCGCGCUGGCCAAAACUCCCGCUCGCGCUGGCCAAAACUCCCGCUGGCGCUGGCCAAAACUCCCGCUCACGCUGGCCAAAACUCCAGCUCGCGCUGGCCAAAACUCCCGCUCGCGCUGACCAAAACUCUCGCUCGCGCUGGCCUAAACUCUCGCUCGCGCUGGCCAAAACUCCCGCUCGCGUUGGCCAAAACUCCCGCUCACGCUGGCCAAAACUCCCGCUCACGCUGGCCAAAACUCCCGCUCGCGCUGGCCAAAGCUCCCGCUCACGCUGGCCAAAACUCUCGCUCGCGCUGGCCAAAGCUCCCGCUCGCGCUGGCCAAAACUCCCGCUCACGUUGGCCAAAACUCCCGCUCACGCUGGCCAAAACUCCCGCUCACGCUGGCCAAAGCUCCCGCUCACGCUGGCCAAAACUCUCGCUCGCGCUGGCCAAAGCUCCCGCUCGCGCUGGCCAAAACUCCCGCUCACGCUGGCCAAAACUCCCGCUCGCGCUGGCCAAAGCUCCCGCUCGCGCUGGCCAAAACUCUCGCUCGCGCUGGCCAAAACUCUCGCUCGCGCUGGCCAAAACUCCCGCUCGCGCUGGCCAAAACUCCGCUCGCGCUGGCCAAAGCUCCCGCUCGCGCUGGCCAAAACUCCCGCUCACGCUGGCCAAAACUCCGCUCGCGCUGGCCAAAACUCCCGCUCGCGCUGGCCAAAACUCCCGCUGGCGCUGGCCAAAACUCCCGCUCACGCUGGCCAAAACUCCAGCUCGCGCUGGCCAAAACUCCCGCUCGCGCUGACCAAAACUCUCGCUCGCGCUGGCCUAAACUCUCGCUCGCGCUGGCCAAAACUCCCGCUCGCGUUGGCCAAAACUCCCGCUCACGCUGGCCAAAACUCCCGCUCACGCUGGCCAAAACUCCCGCUCACGCUGGCCAAAACUCCCGCUCACGUUGGCCAAAACUCCCGCUCACGUUGGCCAAAACUCCCGCUCGCGCUGGCCAAAACUCCCGCUCACGCUGGCCAGAACUCCCGCUCACGCUGGCCAGAACUCCCGCUCACGCUGGCCAAAACUCCCGCUCACGCUGGCCAGAACUCCCGCUCACGCUGGCCAGAACUCCCGCUCACGGUGGCCAGAACUCCCGCUCACGCUGGCCAGAACUCCCGCUCACGCUGGCCAGAACUCCCGCUCACGCUGGCCAGAACUCCCGCUCACGCUGGCCAGAACUCCCGCUCACGCUGGCCAGAACUCCCGCUCACGCUGGCCAGAACUCCCGCUCACGCUGGCCAGAACUCCCGCUCACGCUGGACAGAACUCCCGCUCACGCUGGCCAGAACUCCCGCUCACGCUGGCCAAAACUCCCGCUCACGCUGGCCAAAACUCCCGCUCACGUUGGCCAAAACUCCCGCUCACGUUGGCCAAAACUCCCGCUCGCGCUGGCCAAAACUCCCGCUCACGCUGGCCAGAACUCCCGCUCACGCUGGCCAGAACUCCCGCUCACGCUGGCCAGAACUCCCGCUCACGCUGGCCAGAACUCCCGCUCACGCUGGCCAGAACUCCCGCUCGCGCUGGCCAAAACUCCCGCUCACGUUGGCCAGAACUCCCGCUCACGCUGGCCAGAACUCCCGCUCGCGCUGGCCAAAACUCCCGCUCACGUUGGCCAAAACUCCCGCUCACGUUGGCCAAAACUCCCGCUCGCGCUGGCCAAAACUCCCGCUCACGCUGGCCAGAACUCCCGCUCACGCUGGCCAGAACUCCCGCUCACGCUGGCCAAAACUCCCGCUCACGUUUUCCAAAACUCCCGCUCACGUUGGCCAAAACUCCCGCUCGCGCUGGCCAAAACUCCCGCUCACGCUGGCCAGAACUCCCGCUCACGCUGGCCAGAACUCCCGCUCACGCUGGCCAGAACUCCCGCUCACGCUGGCCAGAACUCCCGCUCACGCUGGCCAGAACUCCCGCUCGCGCUGGCCAAAACACCCGCUCACGCUGGCCAGAACUCCCGCUCGCGCUGGCCAAAACUCCCGCUCACGCUGGCCAGAACUCCCGCUCACGCUGGCCAGAACUCCCGCUCACGCUGGCCAGAACUCCCGCUCGCGCUGGCCAAAACUCCCGCUCGCGUUGGCCAGAACUCUCACUAG